GUUAUUGUAUCUGCUGGGGGACAAUCAAUAGCACUCAGACUGUGAGCAAGGAAAGAGUUCUGACGUAAAUUAAAUAAUUGCGGAGGAUUUCACAGCAAUAUUUCAGGCGUUUGUAUUACCAGUCAUUCUUUUUCGAGAGAAGACUAGUGCUAAAGUCCGGCGAACUUAUCACAGAGCCGCCGUGACGUGAUUGGUGGAUAAACCAAGAAGCUCGAGUUGAUUGUAUUACUACAAAGAACGCAGCUACGGCAAAGAGAGUAAAAUUUGACCGUUUGACAUGGCCGAAGAGAACAGACUACAAUCGUUUCGCGACAUUGUUAGCGACUACUUCGGUUACAGACUUCGACAGAAGGGAAUUUUCUUGCCAGGAUAUCACGAGAACUCUUCUCCGUCAAGGGCAGCCUGUCAUUUGCGACGGGUAGCGGAUGAACUCAUAGAAGAGAACAGCCAGUUGUUUGAUUCCAUGUGCGACCAACUUCAUCUUACCCACGCCACAACUUAUCCUACUUUUGUGGGGAUUGCAGAUGAAAUUUUCCAGAAUGGUGAAAACUGGGGUCGCAUAGUGGCGUUUCUGGCAUUUGGGGCCACUUUAGCUGUACAUUGUGCGCAAAAAGAGGAUCUUGCUUCAAAUAUUAACAACAUUGUCGAAUGGGUCUCAGUCUACAUGAACGAAAAACUUAGCCCGUGGAUCGACAAUAAUGGCGGAUGGGAUGGUUUUAUUGCCUUCUUCAGGAGAGAAGACGAAUCUCCAGGAAAAGGGAACAAAGGCUGGCAUGUUGCUGCUGUUGCUGGGCUUGGAUUGGGGGCCCUGCUUAUGUUAGCAUGCAGAUAAAAGGCAUUGAAAUCUUUUAACCAUAGUUAUUGUAAUGUUGUAUAGACCAGUUUUAUCUCUUACUUCUCUGCUGAUAUUUUAUCUGGCUGUAUUGUUUAGUUUGAAUGGACCUCAUAACACGGUGAUUACAUAAUCUCUACGUGGGAAAAAAAAAACUGGAUGAAAGAUUAGCAAGGAUUAGUAAUGUUGUAUCAAACAUUUUGUAGCAGGGAGAAAAAUUGUCUAGAAGAUAGGACUAGCUCACUAGUAUCUUAGAAGUGGAAUAACUUAUUAAAAGGUGUUGUAAGCUGUUUGUAUCUUUUAGAUCAGUGAGCAUGUGACAUUUUUAGCUUAAUAUGCAUGACUGUUGUUUAUCCAAGAAUGAUAUAUGUGGAAUAUUUUCUUGCUCAAAACUCCAGCUUACCUUGAGCAUUAAAGCAGUCAUUUGUAAAACCGAUGCACAGACAUCUUUGUAUCUUCUGUGAAGAGCUUAUGAUUAUUAUUAUUAUUUAAGUCAGUCUGUGACUAAAAGAAUCUGUUUGUGAGUAUAUAUGAACCAGCACUGGAUAUUGCAUAUUUUGAUUACAGUACCAAGAUGAGUACUUUUAGGGUGAUAUAAUCAGUCAGAGUCUUUUCUGUGUUAUUUCAAAUCGUUCGAAAUCCUUGAAAAUCUGUUCUUCGUAUGUUUAUGAUAGCAAGUAGCUAAAGAAAAAGAGGAAAGAGAAAGAAAAAACUGUUAAUAAGGUGUUGGCAAAGAGGAAGAAUAUUUCAAUUUGUUUUGAGUUCAUACAUGCAAGUAUGUUGUAAGUUGAUACAGAAUCAACCAUCUGGUACCCGGGUGUUAAGUAACAACAGUAAAAAAUGUUGGUGUUUUAGUUUGAUCAGGAGAGGAGCUGUAAGGGUUAAAUUUAUAUAUAUAGAUUUGUUUUGAAACUACUUGGAGAGAUAAAGAUCAUCUAAGUUUUAUCGCAGUGAAGCCAUAAGAGGCCUUGUAGAUACAGCUCUGUUAAGCCAUUUAAGGUUGAAGGAAUUAAAAGUUUCAAAACAAUAGAGACAGACUUAAAGGAAAUUGUUCUGAUUUGAUAAAGCAGCUUUCUCUCACUAUGAAAUUAGCCUGGAUGGGAAAGAAUGAAAUAAAACAAUAAAUUUUACAGUUGUCUGUCAAA